AUGAGGAGUCUGGUGAAUGUAUGGAAACAGUUGCAGGAGGAUAAUGCUGGGCUGACACUCACUGUAGAGAGGCUGUGGUCUGAUCUUGAGGUGUCUCCAGUGGUCCGAGUGCUGACCAGUACUCUCUCCCUGGUUGAUGGUUCGAGGGUGGACAGGCAGGUGAGCGCAGGUUGUAUUAAAACGGGGAUCCAAGGUCUGUGGUUCCAGGCUGGGUCUCAGGGUCAGAGACAGAGGUUCUGUAAGAAAGGUUACAGAGCUGAGUUUAGGCUACGCACCAUGAACUCCUCCCCCAACUGCUUCCAGCGCUCCAACAAUACGGAGGCCGUCAUUGUACAAAUGGGCUUCCGCAAUGUCAGCUUUAUUUCCACAAGUGAUGAAAAGCAUCACAUGGGAGGACGCCGCAAGUGGUGCAUAAAAUUUCAUCAAAACAGACCCCAAGUCGGCAGCAGCUCCAGCAUAAAGGUUGCUACAGAUGUGGAGGUGAGCACCAUACAGCGGGUGAAUGUAGGUUUAUUAAAGAAACCUGUCACAAAUGUGGGAAAAAUUGGCCACAUUAAGAAAGUAUGUAGGUCCAAAGGCCCAGGUGGUCAGUCGAAGACUAGAGGGGGUGGUGGGCAGACAAGUAGACAGGGGAGAACGCAGGGAGCCCAUUACGUCAGCCAGAGGGAGGACGACAAAGAGAGCAUGGAUGCAGAGGAAGUCAUGUUCACAUUGUACAAAAUAGAUGAACUUGACGUACCAGCGGUAGCUCCAUUCAUAGAGACACUAACAGUUAAUGAGACGGACGCUCAGUUCGAAGUGGACUCAGGAUGCGGAGUAACAGUAAUGAACCACUCCGUAUUCAAUACCUUGAGAGGGAAAGAGGCACCAAAGCUACACCCAUGUAAAGUGCAACUCAAAACCUACACUGGUCAUAGAGUAAAAGUUGUGGGAGCAGCACUAGUUAAGGUGCAUCAUAAGGGACGAGUGCAUGACUUACCGGUAGUAGUCGUAGCAGGGUCAGGCCCCAGUCUGAUUGGCCGUUAUUGGAUUCAAAAGUUAGGCCUACAGUGGAGAUCAACCCCCCAAGUCCACCACAUCCUGGAGGGGAACCCAGUAGAGGUACAGGGGAGUCCAGAAACCAAAAUCCACCAUGUUAGAAAGGAAACUUUAGAGGAGGUUUUGGGAAAAUACGGGGAGGUGUUUAAUAAAGAACUAGGGAAAUUUAAAGGCCCCCCAGCAAAAAUAUACAUAGACAAGGAAGCAGUCCCCAGAUUUUUUAAAGCUAGGCCUGUUCCUUAUGCCAUGAGAGGAAGAGUGGAGGCGGAACUGGAUCGUCUCCUUGCCCAAGAGAUCAUUGAACCAGUAAAACAUGCAGAGUGGGCGGCGCCUGUUGUUCCUGUGUUAAAACCAGAUGAGACAGUAAGACUGUGCGGAGACUACAAACUGACAGUAAAUCAAAUAUCCAAGUUGGAGCAGUACCCAAUUCCCAGAAUUGAGGACCUGUUCGCUACGCUGGCGGGUGGACAAAAGUUCACAAAGUUGGAUCUGAGUCACGCCUAUCACCAGAUUCCACUGGAUGAGGAAGCAAAGAGGUAUGUGACCAUAAACACGCACAAGGGAUUGUUCACAUACAAAGUACUACCUUUUGGGGUAUCAUCCAGCCCAGCGAUAUUCCAACGGAUAAUGGAGGGAUUGCUGCAGGGCAUUCCCCAGGUGGCAAUUUUCCUGGAUGACAUCCUGCUCACAGGGAAAGAUGACCAAGAUCACCUGCGGACGCUGGCCAUGGUGUUGGAACAGCUGGAGGAGGCUGGUCUACGUCUCAAAAGAGAAAAAUGUUUGUUUAUGAAUGAGGAGGUGAUGUUCCUGGGUCAUAAAGUGGAUGCAACCGGAUUGCACCCAGUUCAUGAAAAGGUGCAAGCAAUCCAAGAGGCACCUACACCUUCGAAUGUGACAGAGUUGAAGGCAUAUUUAGGACUGUUAAACUACUACAACAAGUUCCUGCCCAAUCUGUCAACAAUUCUUGCUCCAGUGCAUAAACUGCUUCAAAAAGACAAGAGGUGGCAGUGGGGAGAAGCACAGCAAGUUGCUUUUGAAAAAUCAAAGGAAAUGAUGCAGUCUGCACAAGUACUAGUGCAUUACGACCCAGAGAAAGACAUUGUGCUGUCAUGUGAUGCCUCACCUUAUGGAGUAGGUGCGGUGCUGUCACAUCACAUGCCAGAUGGAACUGAGAGGCCCGUAGGAUUCACCUCACGAACAUUGAACGCAGCGGAAAAAAACUAUUCACAACUGGAUAAGGAGGGACUAGCUGUGAUGUUCGGAAUAAAACGGUUCCAUAAGUAUAUUUAUGGACGUAAAUUCACUAUAGUAACAGAUCACAAACCUUUGUUGUCUCUGUUCAGUGAGAUGCGAGCCGUACCACAGAUGGCCUCCCCUAGAAUCCAAAGGUGGGCAGUAACAUUGAGAGCCUAUGAAUACACAAUAGUGUAUAAGGAAGGAAAAAAUCACUGUAAUGCUGAUGCCCUAAGCCGCCUUCCUUUGCCCGUGAAAGCAGAAGUAGAGAGACGGGAAGAGACAGUACUCAUGCUGGAGAGCGCUGACAUAACAUUGGUGACAUCUGAUCAAGUAAAAGAAUGGACGGACAGAGACCCGGUGCUCUCGAGGGUGCGGGAGAUGGUGCGAAAUGGAUGGACAUCAAAGCGGGAAGGGGAGGAGUUUGCCCCCUACGAAGUAAGGAAGCAUGAACUCAGUAAACAGAACGAGUGUGUGUUGUGGGGCUCGAGGGUGAUUGUGCCGAAACCAGGUCAAGAACAGGUUAUGAGGCAGCUUCAUCAGUGCCACCCAGGAGUGUCCAGAAUGAAGGCAUUGGCUAGGAGCUAUGUAUGGUGGCCCGGGUUGGACAAAAAUGUGGAGGACACUGUAAAGAGCUGUACCACAUGCCAAGAGCACCGCAACAUUCCUGCACCCGCUCCAUUGCAUCCAUGGGAUUGGCCUGAUAGGCCUUGGAGCCGCAUACAUGUGGAUUAUGCAGGACCGUUUAUGGAGAAAAUGUUUUUUGUGCUGGUUGACGCCUAUUCAAAGUGGAUGGAUGUGUAUCCAGUAAGCUCCGCUACUUCAGCCACUACAAUUGAGUGCCUGCGAACCAGUUUUAGUAACCAUGGUUUGCCUGAGUUGUUGGUAUCGGAUAAUGGCACUUGUUUCACAAGCAUGGAAUUCAAGGACUUCCUGAACAAAAAUGGCAUUCGCCAUGUAACCUCUGCUCCUUAUCAUGCAGCGAGUAAUGGGUUAGCAGAGAGAGGUGUACAAACAUUCAAGAGAAUGAUGAAGAAAUGUCCAGAGGGCACCCUGACAACCAAAGUAGCCAGAGUGUUAUUUAGCUACAGGGUUACUCCUCACACUACAACUGGUUUAUCUCCAGCAGAGUUACUUCUUGGGAGGAAACUAUGUUGUACAUUAGAUUCCAUUCAUCCAGAUCUGAGCAAAAGAGUGAGAGGGAACCAAGAAAGACAGAUGAAAGAUCACAAUAAAAAAGCGAAGGGACGUUGGUUCAAAACAGGAGACUCAGUGUUGACCCAGAACUUUAGUUUAGGCCCAAAGUGGAUCCCAGGAAUCAUUGAGUCGGUGACUGGACCGGUGUCCUACAAAGUGAUGCUUGGGGAUGGGAGGAUAGUGAGGAGACAUGUGGAUCAGAUUCACACUCACUACCCGAAACCAGAAAAAUGCAACAGCAACCAACCGGUUGACCCUGUUAAUUCUAGUGGGUCUGAAGGAAAAAAUGAAGAAUGGCUGGAAGCUGAGGAGGUCGUUCUCGGUGGAGAGAAGUUGGAGGAGCCAACGGCUGUGGAAGCUGUGAAAAAACCAGAGACUGAACAAGGAACUGAAAAGAGUCGACUGACGAGCACUAAGAACAAGAUCUCCAGCAACAACAGCAUCCUUCUGUGUCUUUCCUGCCAGAAGGGCAUGGGGUUUGACCUCUAUGCCGUCUGCGCGCACUGCCUCGGUCCAUGGCAUGCAGGCCUCGCUCUCACGCCUCAAUCGUCCUACUCCCUAUGUGAGCUCCUCCUGCUUAAGGACAAGCAAUGGAGACUGGGAAGCAUGGUAGCAGAGGAGGAGCAGUUGGGCGAAGACUACCACCCUGCUCCCAGCUGUUGGCGCGCUGCCAACGAUUAUCCAGAAUGCCCUGAAGCGUUAUGGUGCGGGUGUCUGCCUUUAACUGUGGUGGAAGUGUUGUCCGAGCAGGGCUUUCCACCUGUUCCUCCUCUGGAGGCCCGCUUCACCUCCGUGUUUGGGGCAAAGACGAAUGGUCUCACUGGACAGUGA